GGCUUCUACAAACAACUUCCAGAACCGGUAUCUAGCGAGGAGUGCCGACGACUCCGGUAUCGCAGGCAAAGCGACUCCGUCAAGAAACGUGUCAAACAGAAUUUUUUGAAUAUCUGUGAUGCCCAAGUCUCUGACACUAUUCGCCAAUGGCUACGAAUGCCUACCUUCGAUGCUCGACCUUGGGAGGAUGAAGAGCUGCUGCUCCUCCUUCAGCAGAUGUACCUGGAUCACGACUUCUGCUCCAAGUUCGCCAUCGAUAUCCAGACUUUGAGGAACUUCCUAUAUGAGGCCUACAAGAACUACAACGACGUACCCUUCCACAACUUCCGGCACUGCUUCUGUGUCGCACAAAUGCUAUACGCGAUUUCGUGGUGUGUGGAUCUUCCCUCUAAAAUUGGCCAUCUAGAGGUGCUGAUACUGCUGACGUCUUGCAUUUGCCACGACCUAGAUCAUCCAGGAUACAAUAAUAUCUACCAGAUCAAUGCUAAAACGGAACUGGCGAUUAGGUAUAACGACAUCUCGCCGCUGGAAAACCAUCAUUGCAGCGUCGCCUUCAGGAUAUUAGAGAACGAGGAUUGCAAUAUAUUCAAAUCGUUCAGUAGCGAAGAGUUUAAAGUAGUACGAGAAGGCAUGAUACGUUCGAUAUUGGCUACAGAUAUGGCCAGACACAACGAGAUACUCACCAACUUCAAAGAAAUCUUGCCCAAUUUCAACUAUGACGACAAGGGACACGUUAAUUUGCUGUGCAUGGUGCUGAUCAAGGUUUCCGAUAUCUCGAACGAAGCGCGACCGAUGGAAGUAGCAGAGCCUUGGCUGGACAAGCUGCUGCAAGAGUUCUUCAAACAGAGCGAUGCCGAAAAAUUGGAAGGACUACCCGUCACGCCUUUCAUGGACAGAGACAAGAUCACGAAACCGUCCUCCCAGUGCUCCUUCAUAGGAUUCGUGCUGUUGCCACUGUUCGAAGCGUUAGGAGAACUGUUUGAGGAGCUGCAGGAUUUAAUCGUGCAGCCAGUCAGAGAAGCCUUGGACUAUUACAGGCGACUGAAUGAAGCUAACAAGGAGGAAAGGAUGCACCGAAAAAGUAUUGUGGAACUGGAGCAGCAUUCAGCAACGCACAGUCCAGACUCUGGAAAAGGUGGCGCUCAGUCGAAAAAUAUGAGAAAAAGCCUUAGUUUCCAGACGAGAUCCAGACACAUCUUCAGCGUCUUCAAACACCUUUAUCCCCGAGAAGAUAUGUCCUAG